AUGUUACCUGUGUUUUUAACCAAAGGCGAAAAUCCUCAUCUGAAUAUAUCCAACAAUAAUCAACGUCGAUUUUCAAUAGUUUCGAAGAACUUCGAUAAUGAAUAUCAUAAUCAACAGCAAAUUCAAGUAAUCGAUUCAGAAUUGUCACAACCACUUCCUAAUGCUGAUGGUAGCACUAGUCGCCGUCGCCUAACACAAAUUAUUUCUAUAGUUGAGAACAGUGAAGAAAAUGAUGUCAAGCCUAAAGGUCGCUAUCUGUUAUUAUUCAUUAUCGAACCAAUUCUAACUGGUUGCUUUCUCUUUCCAAUACUCGUUCUCUUUUGGGAUUGUGGUUGGAAUCUUACUGUUACUAUGAUCAACUCAUUGAAUAACUAUCCAUUGGCAUACAAUCUCAACGGGGAAAAUUAUACCAAUGAAGAUUACGGUGAUUAUUCACCUCAGUCCUUGAUCGUUUCAUAUGUGAUCGUUGAAAUUUUACUACUCAUUCUUUAUCUUUGUCAAGAUAUAUUAUAUGAUUUUCUUAAACGACAGCAUACUGUUGUCGGAAUGAUGCUUUUAAAAAUUCAUGCCCUACUUUUGGCAUCAUUUUACAUUGUUCAAUGGGAAAUGAUCUGGACUAUUUUGGAUCAAUAUAGUCCUACAGAUUGGACAUUUCUUAUGGUCCUAUCGUUAGCAUCAUUGUUUACAUUAAUUGUUCUUACUGGAACUUUAUCAGAUAUGGUAUGUUCGCCAUUUGUUGUUAGCUAUGAUUCCAUUGAUUAUUGUAUUCAAUUUGAGUGCCCUCUCGUGACAGCACAAGUAGGUCUCUUCUUAUCAAAAACGAAAGAUAUUUUAAUAGAUGAUUUUAUUCAAAGAUGGAUCGAUGGAAAAUAA